UUUUUAUGUAAAAAAUAUUUUAAAGUAUUUAAAAUUAGAUAGCUAUUGGUGUCUUGAGUGGAUUCAGUAUUUUAUGGUCAGCCAUUCAAACAUGGGGAUGGUCUAGAAGAUCAGGAAGAGAAGUAAUUGACUUAGCUGCUUUGGGCAAAUUACUUAUUUUUGCUUGUGGAAAUCUUUCAACUAUAUUCUUCAUAGUAAUGAUUGCCUGUUCACUUAAUUGGAUGAUACUAUUUAAAAAACAAGAUGUAUUUCAUUUGUUUUUACCAACAGUAGAACAAGAAAGAAAAAUAAAAAUUUAUCUUAUUUUUGCAUUUAUUAUGAAGUUUUUGCAGCUCAUCCAUAUUUUAUCAGUUCAGUGUACAGUUGAUAUAUUUUUUAUUGAUUGGGAAAGACCUCAAGUGCAUGGUUUAACAACAAAACUAACAUCUCCAAAAUCAAAUGAAAGAAGUACUGGAGAAGUCAGUGCUGCAUUAAAUACAAAAAAAGAUAAAAUAAACGGUGAAAAAAAUUUGGACUCACCAGCUGUUAGUAUUUGGAGAACUUAUUUUGUUGCCAAAGAAUGGUGUGAAAUACAGUGCCUAAGAAGAGUCCAGUUGGGUUUUCAUCUUAUGGCUGUUUUAUUUUUUCUUAAGGGAAUUGGUUUUGAAAACUUUGCACAUGCUGAUCCUUUGACCAAUUUCUCAUCAGAAAAUGUACAUAUCAAUGUUCCAUACAGUUUUAUAUGCAGAUUCUCGGUGGGAUCGUGUACUUAUAUCAUUUUGGCAACAGUUCAGAUUUUCUUACGUAAAUUGAUAUAUGAACGUUUUUUUCAAGAUAAACUCCAAGAAUUUGUUGACCUUUGCUCAGUUAGUAAUAUCAGUGUCUUUGUUAUGUCAGCAAGGCAGUUUGGUUACUAUAUUCAUGGCCAUUCUGCCCAUGGUCGAGCAGAUGUUAACAUGAGAGAAAUGCAUGAUCUUUUGAGAAGAGAAGAGGAAGAUCUAUGUGGGCAUCGCGGAUUAUUACCAAAUACAGAACAACAAACAUUUCAAAUGUUUUUGCCUGCUCUUGUUAGAGAACAAUAUGAACAUUUGCUUCUUCCAUUAAAUUCGUAUAGUCAAGCAGCCGAUAGGAUGCAAGGAGCUGGCGGCCGACUUUCCAGGGCCGAUAUCGAUAAAGUCGCUAAUAUUUAUCAUAUGGUGAAGAAAUUCCUCUCUGGAUUCAUAGAACAUGCAUUUAAAGAUUUGGAUUAUGUCAUCAAGGACAAAUUAUUUCUGGAAAGUCUCUUAGAUGUAGAAUUCAUUGAAAAUACAGACAGGGGAUGUUUUUACAAUGAUAAUGGUUACUCAUUUGAUAAUAUUUUAUUUCGUGGCCAAGAAGUUACUAUAGUUAUUUUUGAAGUUAUGCUCUUUACAAUUGUCGACAUGGUGGCCGAAGAUUAUGUAUAUUCUGCAAUCGUAACAUUUAUUAUAGCAAAGAUAAUUAAAUCUAUAAGACAAAGUGUUGGAAAAAGAAAUUUAGUAAAAAAAGCACUAAUAGAUGAGCGUUUCUUAGGCUAAAAAUCAUUUGAAAAUCACUAUUGGCCUUUAUUAUAUGUACAAAUAUUUUUUUAUCAUUAUCAUCACAUAUGUAUAUAAGUUCAGUUGCUGCAUUUAUCAUUAUUGAAUGUAUCUCUUUUGUAGCAGCAAAUUUUGUAAUAUUUAAUUAUUUAUGUAUUCACACUGUACAAUCUCAUUUGAUAAAUUAGUAAUUGUUUGACACACAAGUUGCUCAAAAACAUGAAUAUUUAUUGUAUAUAAUGUAAACAUAAUUUCAAUCAAAAAUUAGAAUAUUGACAACAAAUCCUUACAAAUAAGUUUUGUACCAUUGCUAAGUAAAAUAUUUGAAUGAUUAUCGGAUACUUAAACACAAAAAAAAAAAAAAAA